AUGGAAACACAGCUCAUGAAGAGACCUACACUGGACAGAAUGUUCGCUUCGACGUCACAAAGAAAUGAUGAUGGUUUGCGGGCGUCUUACAAUAUCUCGUUACUUAUAGCAAAAUCCGGAAAACCGCAUACUAUCGGAGAGAAGUUAGUUUUGCCAGCCGCUGAAGAGGUUUUAAAAACUAUUUUACACAAACCUGCAUCUGAUAUCAUUAAAAGAAUUCCCUUAAGCAACAAUACUGUUGAAAGACGUAUUGAUGAAAUGAGUUCUGAUAUUGAAAACUUCUUAUGUAAUUAUUUGGAAACGACCCAUUUUUCUAUACAACUGGACGAGUCAACUUUACCUGAUAAUGCAGCACUAUUAUUGGCAUAUGUUCGUUUUAUUAUGAAUCAAGAAAUCUACGAAGAACUGCUCUUCGCAAGAACUUUGAUAACCGACACUAAAGGUGAAUCAAUAUUUCAUGUUUUGAAGGAUUACUUCAUUGAAAAAGCAAUUCCUUUAUCAAAUAUAAUAUCAGUAGCUACAGAAUACGCGGUUAUUUGA